AUGGAUCCCAAGAUAAUACUCGGCACCCUCAAAUCUCUCGACGACAACAUCCUGGCCACUGUCAUCGGGCAGUUGCUUCAACAAAAACCUGAACUUGCCCCUGGCUUGGUCGGUUUGGCAGUGCCAGACCUGACCUAUGCGCCAACGAAGGCCUUCACGGAGAGAAGGUGUAGCGGGACGAUCAAGAAGCUCUCGCCGCAGAUGGGAACGGGCUUCAUCGAGUGCCCCGAGAUUAGCACAGUCUUCGGCUGCGACGUCUAUGUCAGUGGGGAGCAGGUCGGUUCCUUCUUAGAAGGCACCGAGGUCAACUUCGCGGUGACGUUGACUGAUGACGACAAGCCGCAAGCGUUCGACCUCCAGGAGAACAGUACGCCGAGCAUGCCAAGCAUGGGCGGAAUGGGCAUGGGAAUGCCCGGCAUGGAAAACAUGGGACUUGGCGUCCCUGGCAUGGACUUAGGGCUUGGCGGAAUGGGCGGAAUGCCCGGGCUUCUGCCGCUGGGCGGAAAGCCGUCCAACAAUGCGGCGGCGAAUCAAGAAAUACUCGGCGAGUUCUAUGGCAUCGUCAAGAGCUAUAACGCAGAGAAGGGCUUCGGGCGACGCACUGACUGGGUUCGUGUUCAUCGUGUGCGAUGCCCUCCGAAAUCAGCAUGA